AAUGCGGCGCCGACCGUCUACAGUAGUACUAUCUUUAGUACUAACACCGACGCGUACGCCGACGCGGACUCCGUCUAUAAUACCUCAUUCUCAAGCUCGCGGAGCACCCCAGAUCUCGAUUACGCCCACCUAAGGGCCCGAUUACACCAGGAGGAGCAAGCC